AUGGCUUCAAAAGUGUCCUGUCUGUAUGUUUUGACAGUUGUGUGCUGGGCCAGCGCUCUCUGGUACUUGAGCGUAACACGUCCUACUUCUUCCUACACUGGCUCCAAGCCAUUCAGCCACCUAACCGUUGCCAGGAAAAACUUCACAUUUGGCAACAUAAGAACUCGACCUAUAAACCCACAUUCUUUUGAAUUUCUUAUAAAUGAGCCCAACAAAUGUGAGAAAAACAUUCCUUUCCUUGUUAUCCUCAUCAGCACCACCCACAAAGAAUUCGAUGCCCGCCAGGCCAUCCGAGAGACAUGGGGGGACGAGAACAGCUUUAAAGGGAUCAAGAUCGCCACUCUGUUUCUCCUGGGCAAGAACGCCGAUCCUGUUCUGAAUCAGAUGGUGGAGCAAGAGAGCCAAAUCUUCCACGACAUUAUCGUGGAGGACUUCAUCGACUCCUACCAUAACCUUACCCUCAAAACAUUAAUGGGGAUGAGAUGGGUGGCCACUUUUUGUUCAAAAGCCAAGUAUGUCAUGAAAACAGACAGUGACAUUUUUGUAAACAUGGACAACCUCAUUUAUAAACUACUAAAGCCCUCCACCAAACCAAGAAGGAGGUAUUUUACUGGCUAUGUCAUCAAUGGAGGGCCCAUCCGGGACGUCCGCAGUAAGUGGUACAUGCCCAGGGAUUUGUACCCCGACAGUAACUACCCGCCGUUCUGUUCGGGGACUGGCUAUAUCUUCUCAGCCGAUGUGGCUGAACUCAUUUACAAGACCUCACUCCACACAAGGCUGCUUCACCUUGAAGACGUCUAUGUAGGACUGUGUCUUCGCAAGCUGGGCAUUCAUCCUUUUCAGAACAGUGGCUUCAAUCACUGGAAAAUGGCCUACAGUUUGUGUAGAUACCGCCGAGUUAUCACUGUGCAUCAGAUCUCGCCGGAAGAGAUGCACAGGAUCUGGAAUGACAUGUCAAGCAAGAAGCAUCUCAGAUGUUAG